CCGUCGUGCGCGUCAAUAAAAGAAGACAAUGUGGACAGCCGGGAUGAACUGAAGCUGGAGGGGCGAACGCCAGGCCGCCGCUGUUGUCUUUCAAACGAACUUCGUUUAGUUGUAGUUGUUUUUUUUUUAACGUUUCGAGGCGAGUCGUGACCGUUUAACGGCCGUGUUUGGUGAAACGCCUCCUUUUUUGCUCGCAGUUUCGUUUGGAAGAGAGGCAGCUUGGUUGGUUAGCUAUCUCGAUUAGCCAGUCUACGAGAGAUGGGAACGAAAGCAAGUCGCUACCAGGAAGAGCCGGUCCCUUCUCCCUUUGGGAAAGAUGGCACUAAAGCCGGGGGUUCCUACCGGCGACCCCGCUGUACACGGCCCACCAGCCUCGUCGUUGACUUCUCUGUUAGCUUCGAGGACACGGAGGCCAACCAGAGCCGCUCAGAGGAGGGCAGCGACUCGGACUUGGGGCAGCACGGGGUCAGCGCGGAGGGCAGCCCCGCCGACCACCACAGCAGCAUCCCCGCUAUCAGCCAAGCCUCGCGCGCGGACGACAACAGCGAGCGGAAGUCCGAGGAGGACGCCGGCGUCGCCGUCAGCCCAGAGAAUCCCGCCGACGCCGAAAACCAACAACACGGAGACGAGACAGGCCGCACACCUCACCGCACUUUUUCGGAACGCCUGCCCGGGAGUCGCCACCCGUCCUCCCGCAGCGUCAGCGCAAGAUCCGUCCGUGUUCGCGGUUCACACCAACGGCCGGUGUCGGACGCUUGGAUCGGCCUCUACCGCGUGAACAACCGACAUGGAAAUAUACGCUGUCCUUUCUGCUCGAAGCCUUUCCCGGGGGGUCGGAUCGAGGAUCACCUGUUGAGCUGCCUGACAUCUCCCACCCUACCUUACAAUACGGAUGUGCUCAGUAGAGACAGCGGAGAGUGCUCCAUUUGUUUGGAGGAUCUAGUCCAGGGGGAGACCAUUGCCAGGCUGGCUUGCCUCUGUGUGUACCAUAAGAGCUGCAUUGAUUCCUGGUCCAAGGUGAAGCCUUGCUGCCCUGAACAUCCUUUUGAUUGACUGGUUCAACCCAUCAGCACAGUGGCCAACGUGACUCAGGAGACUGCACUGACUCUCUUCAAAUCCUAACGUGUUUAAUUGAACAAACUCCAGUCCACUUCCACACCGAGACAGCGUUUUAAAGUGGAGGCAUGCAGUUCCAAAUGGAAAUGAUGAUUCAAUGGAGCCUGCAGCUUUUCGGAUGGAUCAUUUGAACUUGACUCUUAGCAGCUGCUCAGUCUAGUCUGUGGCCAGGACUCCCGUUGGACCCGAGGCGGCGUCCUUCGCCUUCUCCUCUGUGGACUUGACUCCACGCAGCGUUUAAAUAAAUCCAUCCCAAACACCUGAGCUCACCUGAACAUGGAGGUGAAAAGUGUUCCUCUCUUUGCCUGGUGUGUUUCUCCCGUGAGUGGACCGCUCCUUUGAUCAAGUGUUUGUCAAUCUUGGAUGAAUGUUUCCUGUCCCCCCCCCCCCUGAAUGAAGCAGCCACAUGCUGAGGGUGCAGAUAGUUUCCACACGGCAUUCUCAGCCACUUUUACAGCCUGUUUGGGUGAGCAGGAGCUGCCAUUACUCUUUUCUGUUACUUUUUUUUUUUUUUUUUAACCGCAGUAGAGGAUUAGCUGCAACUAAGGGCAACAUGCUGCUACGUGGGGAGGGUUUAGGGGGUGUUUUAAAGGCUCAUAGAAGCACCAUGUUGGCACCAACUGAAGCACUUUUGUCUGUCGGCGUCCCCUCCUGCUAACACGCUAACAUGGCGUGUUUUUGGAUGUUCACACAGUGACCAGGGUGGGACAGAGUGUCUGAAAAUGACGGUGUUUGAAUGCCGUCACUGUAAAUUGGUUUGGCAGGUUAUCCCUUAAACUGGCUGACAGCCGUGCUGGCAUGCAUCCACUUAUGCUCUUCGCUUUAGUCCCACCCCCCCUAAAGGCUCUGGGGGUGAAGCCCGGACGUUUUGGACAGACCCCAAUGUCGGUACUGCCAUCUGGUUGAUGCCAGACUGAUGGGACGAACUAAAGGUUGGACAGGCAGACGGAGGGGGCCGUUUUUACGGGCAUGUUUACACCAUGAGACAUCUGCCUUGCUCCAAAGCACUGGAGGCUGUGGACGGCGGAUGGUUGGCGAUUACAUAAGCGAGGCCAUUCCUCUGUUUUUCUUUGAAUAUUCUCAUAUUCCUGGCUAUUGCUGCAUUUGUUAAAUGGCUUUUUUUUGCCUGUGUGUGGUGAUGGGCAGCCGUUGUUUUGGGUGGAAGCCCUGCAGUCAGGCCGCUCCGUUUCUGAACAAAUAUUCAUGCACUGGUUUGCUUGACCAUCAGCUUUAACGUUGAGUCUGUUACAUGUGUUGAAGUGUUGAGGAUGCAGCGGGUUAGCUCCCCAGAGCAUCCCUCUGUUGGCUUUUCUGAUCCCAGAUGUGCAGCAGUCUGAGGUGCUACAACUUUACCCACCACUAGUGGGCCGCCCUGUGCAUGUUCCUUAUAGUAUUCAUAUAUAUAUAAAAAUAUCUCUAACAAAAAAGAAAAAAAAGCCAAAAGUAUUUGUGUUUUGGGAUGGAAAGGUUGCAGAAGACGAGCAUCGAUCAUUUGGUGUUGUGAUGGUUUGACCUGUUGUAUACUUUGGUUGGGGUUGGGGGGGGGGGGGGGUUAAUAUGCUGUGGGGGGGACACAUGUUGGACAACAGAGAAUUUUAAAUCCCAGAUUGCUCUUAUUUAGUUUUUUAAUCCCUCAAAGAUACGUGGUGCAAUACCUCCAUUUUUACCAGUGCUAGCUAAAUGUGUGACCUAGCGCUGAUCCAGGUUUGCUAUUUAGUGUAAACGUUCCUGAAUUAUUGGGGCUAAAUCUGGUGGCUCCUCUGCAGGUUGAGACCAAACCAUUGGAGGGGAAGCCUGAGACACGGCGUCUGCUCCUCCACCAUACGGACAAUCUGCCUUUACUCUGCUAGAAAGACAAAUUGAAUUUUAUUUAUUACAUUGUAAAUAUGUAAUGAAAUUCAAAGUGCGUGCUCCAUGUUUGUUCAAUAUACUGUUUCUAAACUCCAAUCUUUUGUAUGUCUCAGAAAUCGUUUUUAUAUGUAUUUUUUACAAUAAAUAUGUGUGAGAGAA